UCCGGGGUCGCUUUUCUCGGCCUCCAGUAUGGCUCCUGCGCCUCUGGGGAGCCUUCGUGGCUUUGCACUGAUCCAGGGUCGGUUUUUUCCGGUCGUCUGUCCCACCGGGAGGCUUCCUGGCUGCUGUCAGACCCACACACUUUCCGCGGGAAACUCAAGCGUCGAUUCCCCGACAAACAAACAAGAAAACUGGGGCAGCAGCAGCAUGCCGUCUAACGUGGAAAUCAAGGCCAAGGUCAGCGACCCCCUGCAGUUCGCCAAGAUGGCGUCUGACCUUAGCCAAUCAGAAGGCAGCAUCAUCAGGCAGCACGACACCUUCUUCAGCAGCAGCAGAGGACGACUCAAACUGAGGGACUUCAUGGACGGAUCUGGUCAGCUGAUUUUCUACGAGCGUCCCGACACUGAUGGGCCCAAACUGUCUCGCUACUCCAUCAGUCCCACCUCGGACCCCGCCAGUCUCAAGGCCGUGCUGUCAGACGCGCUUGGGGUCAAAGGUGAGGUGCGAAAAGAGAGGCGUCUCUUUCUAAUUGGCCAAACGAGGGUCCACCUGGACACAGUGGAAGGACUUGGACACUACAUGGAGCUGGAGGUGGUGAUGCGUCCAGAUCAAAUGCUGGAGGACGGACAGCAGGUGGCCGAGGGUCUGAUGGAGCAGCUUGGCGUGGCCAAGGAGAGUCUGGUGACGGGCGCCUAUGUGGACCUGCUGCUCGAGGGACGCACCGGCUCUUAGAUCAAACACCAGCACAGAGUAACUACAAAACCCAAAACCAGUGAAAUUGGCACCUUGUGUAAUUUGUAAAUAAAAAGAGAAUACAAUGAUUUGCAAAU